AUGUCUUCUCUUUUGGAACCUGUCACAAUCGGCGGUAAACUCUCCCUGCGAAACCGGGUCGUCAUGGGCUCCAUGACCCGGAACCGCUGUGUGGACGACUACAAGCCUGGCCCAGCACAUGUCACCCACUAUGCGGAGAGAGCAAGGGACGGAACAGGGCUGAUCGUGAACGAGGGCACCUUUGUUGACUGGGCGGGCUGCGACUGGACACACUCCCCCUUCAUGAUCACCGAGGAACAUGCCGCCGCCUGGCGAGCCGUGACCGAUGCUGUGCACAAGGAAGGGGGCAAGAUCUUCUUCCAAGCCUGGCAUGCGGGUCGGAUCCAGCAUGAUGAGAUGCCACUCAUGAAAGAAAAGGCGGGUCGCGUGCUGGCCCCGUCUAGCAUCAAGGCCGAGGGCGGGAAAUAUCGAGACCUACCAGGCGCCCCUGGACACACUACGAAUGUGGUCGCCAUCGAAGAUCCUCGGCAGCUCGUGGAAACCUAUCGACGCUCGUUGCUGCUGGCGAAAAAUGCCGGCUUCGAUGGCACUGAGCUCCUGGCUCAAGGGCUUCGUUGGUACUUGGUAGUCAGGCCGGUGGGCUGA